ACUUUAGCAAAACAAUUCUAUCCAGUAGUUCGCGAACUGUUCUACUGUGUAUAUCGUGUGCCGGAAAUUGUAACAGUUCUCUUCAUAUGAUUAGUGUGUUAAUGAUCUAAGCUGGUGAGACGAAAGAGCGUUUAAAUAAUAAGAAAAAGUAUAAUUAAAAUCCAGAAAAUAAAAUAAAAUAAACAAACGGGACGUAAGAAAAAUCCUAACGAAAGACGAAUAAUAAAAAAAUUCACGAAAGAAUUUUUUUGUGUACACAAAAUACAACAGGCACGCACUUUCAUCCUGAACAACAAGUUAUGAUUCAUCUUUAAUUGUUGAAAUUAAAAUAAAGUGUUGCUUGAAUCAAGAAUUCAGUUCCUGGUGAAAAGAGACCGUACAUAAAAGAUCCUCUCGAUAUAUCGAAUAAAAUCGAAGCCCAAAGACAACAACAACAGCCAAAAUGAAGAUGUUUGCAAUUGUAAAUGUCAUGUUGCUCAUGGUGUUGAGCGUCAGCUAUACAGCUAUGGCAUCAACACUACUGGAUAAAAUAAAAGACGAUCCAGAUCUGUCACAGUUCUACGAAUUGAUCGAACGGAAUAAAAUAGCGAUGUCAAAUUUGCAGUUGCGUUCUCUCACAAUAUUUGCUCCAACCAAUGAAGCCUUCCAAAAGCAUAACGACAACAUUCAAGUUCAGUACCACAUGUCGACAACGGCCGUAACGUUGGAGCACUUGGGAACGACAAUAACAUCCGACUUUGAUGGAACACCACCGCUGUAUAUAACAAAAACGCGAAAAAACAACCAGGACUACAUUUAUGUGAACAACGCUUUAGUAUUACGAUCUCGUUCAAAUAUCCAAAUGGUGAACGAAAAUGGUAAAAGACAGGUUCUUCAUGUGAUUGAUGAUAUACUGACACCACUAAUGGCAAAUUCGGCCUCAUCAAACGAUAUAAAUAAUCCUGAUGCUUUUCAAUUCUUAAGCUAUUCGGAUAUCUUGGAUAUUGGUGGUCAACGAAUUCGGUCUUAUCGUCAACGAGUAAUUGCCAAUACUAAAGAGGUAGUUUAUCAAGCGAACGGUGGUUUUACUUUCUUCAUUCCAGUAGAAGAAGGCUUUAAGCCUCAUCCACGCCCAGAUCUCAUUGAUAAGAAAGUAAUUGAUGGACAUAUCAUUCCAAACCGUGUUGUGUUCACUAAAUCAGCACCCAUCGAACAACCAUUUGAAACACUUGCUUUCGAAGAUAAUAUCAAAGUAACCGUUACGUUCUUUACUCAGGGCGAAGGAAAAAAUAUGAAAACUUAUGUGAAAUCAAAUACGGUUGUUGGAGACUCAAAGCACUCAACAGGUGUAGUAUUAGCUGAAAUCGUACGAGCAAAUAUACCCGUGAAAAAUGGCGUCGUUCAUUUAAUUCAUCGUCCGUUAAUGGUUGUUGACACAACUGUCAAGCAAUUCCUUGAGUCGUUCAAGAUCGUCAAUGAAAAGGAAGACGGUCCGCUUUUCAAAUUCUAUGAAGUAAUUAUGGAUGUUGGCGGUGAAUUCAUGCAAACAGUCAAUUCAAUGAAAGAAAUUACACUAUUCGCACCAAGCAACGAAGCUUGGAGCGAUCCAAUGGUACAGAAUAUCAUUAGAGACCGAAACCGAAUGCGAGAUAUUCUUAACUUGCAUCUUGUCCGCGACCGCUUGAAUACCGAACGUAUUCGUCAGGGAAAUCUUCAAAGCAUUCUCCAAGUUCCGACUGCAGUGGAUCGACGAAAUUUAUAUUUCAACGUUAUUACGAAUCGUGAGGGCAAUCAAACCGUCACAGUCGAAGGUGCUGGCGUAAAUGCGACACUAAUUCAAGCUGAUAUUGCACAGAUGAAUGGUUAUGUACACAUUAUCGAUCGAGUUUUAGGAGUUCCAUUUGCUACAGUAUACGAUAAACUUCGCACCGAUCCAAUGUUGAAUUCAACAUACAUCAUGGGCCGAAAUGCAGACUUUAAUUCGCAGUUGAAUGACACGAAACGACGAUUUACCUAUUUCGUACCCAGAGACUGGGCAUGGCAACAAACCGAAAUCGAAUUCCCAUCAACGCAUAAAAAGCUAUUUAUGCCAGAGUUCUAUUAUCAUGCUCGCUUGGUUUUGGAAAGACAUUUAGUGAUUUCGGACAAAGCUUUCACUAUGGCUGAUCUUCGAAAUAUGGGCAACGAUUCGAUAGUUUUACCAACGAUUCGAGACGCACUCACCAUACGAGUUAGAGAAGAUGGAAAACGCUAUUCUAUUCAGUGGAAUCAUCGAAAUAUACCAGUCUUUCGGCCAGAUGUCGAAUGUACAAAUGGAAUUAUUCAUGUUAUUGACCAUCCAUUUUUGGUCGAUAGUGACAUACGUGUAACAGCUGGAAGCAGCCAACCAUUUGAUGGAAUUCGAACAACAGCAAUUUUACUUGUUGCAAACAUCGUAAUGCUAAUAGUUGCAAAGAAUUUGGUGUAAGCAAAAUCAGGCGUAAGAAUCGUAUAGCGUAAAUAAACAAAAAAAAACCAAUAACAACAACAUGAAGAAGAAGGAGAACAGCAACCACAACCAACUAAAAGAUAAUUAAAUGAAGACAGAAACAAAGUAGAACACUGAAAAUGUAAGAAACAAAAAAAAUAUAUGAUUAACGACAAAAAAAAUUGCAAUCACAAUACAAAAGAAAAAAGAAGAAAUGUGUCAAUAAACAGAAACUGCACACUUUUCAUUUCUAUUCGGUCGUUGGCGAUAAUAUUUGAAUCAAUGGAAUUCCAUUUUAAUUUUAAAUGUCUUAUGACAAAUUUUUAAUUUUUUUUUUAAAGAAAAUGUAAAAAAACCAGCUCGAAUUUUGAUAUUCAUUUGAAGCAUAUACAUAUUUCAAUAGAUCAUAAUAGUGCUUUCUGUUACGGCAUACUGAUAGAAUUCCACAGAGAAUAAACUAUGAAUCAAACUCUAUAAAUAGUAUCGAAUGGCUUCGUUAAAUUGAAUUGCAGCAGAUCUUUUCAUACUAUAUGUCUGUGUAUUAUAUAUCCGUAGUGUUUCAUUUAAAAUUGACCACUUUAUAAAACAGUUGAAAUAGCUCUAACCAAAUGGUUUAUUGAAUCAGAUCUCAAUCCAAAUAGCUUAUGUUGACGAAUGCUGUUCGGUUGCGAAUACAAAAUUCAAUUGGAAUGGUUUUCGGCUGAAAGAAGAUGAGAAGAAAAAAAAACUCAAAUAUAACAAAAAACCGCAAACUUAAAGGUAUAUUACCAUUAUUUUGCUUAUCAUAUUUUCCUAGAUUUAUUCAUUCGAUUUAAAAUAAGAUUUAAUUGUAAUUCUGUUCACUGUUCACAUUCAAAAUCCAGAAUUUUUACCGUGCUCAGUCGUGUGUACAUGCGCUCGCGUCGUCUACAUUCAUAAACUUCAAUAAAAUAUUCCCAUUUGAAAUGAAUGAAAUGUUUCAGUUUUUUUUUUUUGUUUCAAUCCUUUUCUCUCUAUCUGCUCAUUCGUUGAUUCAUUCUCUCAUUCCACUGCAUCAUCAAACACGUCUGUCGUGUUUUGCAAAGAAUGGGACAAGUCACACGAUGACGUCGAGAGAGUCGAAACGAAGAUGAUGAAACAGAUCAUCGCAAAAUGGCAAUAAAGCAUCGAGUGGGUUAACGUCAUAAAUUAAAUAACAUAAAUCUAGAAUUUCUCUCUCGAGCAAUUGCGUGCAUCGAAUGCAUGAUGGUGGUGAUUUUCAGUGCGUAAUGUUCAAUGUAUGUUUUUAUUGUUGCACACGACCGAUUUUCUAGUAUACACUUAUAAACUUCAUUCAAUCUAAUUCAUGUGAUUUGUAUGGUAUGCUUUGUGUUUUGGAAUGUUUCCGAAUGAAAAUUUUGUAAAGUGUCACAAAACUGUGUAACAGCAGCAACAACAGCGAUGCCAUCGGAUUUGUAUUGCCCACAGUGAUACGGCAGACCAAUGUUAUUGUUUUUUUUUCCUCCCUAUCUAUCUCUCUUGUUACUUCGACAAAUGUUACAUUUAAAUGUAGCACUCUGUCCACCACCCAUAAACAUUCAAUAGAAAUGUUCUACCAUUUACAUUUGUAUGAAGCUGUAAAACACUUGCCGAAAAUAUUAUCAUGUUCAAUUUUCAAAUUUAAUGUAUUCAUGAUCUAUUGCUAUAGUUUUACAAAAUGAAAUAUCUCCCUGUGUCUCUCUCUCUGAAUACAUUUGUAUGGGACAGCAAAACCAAUUCAGUUGGAUAACUUGUAAAUGAAUUGCCGAAAUAUUAUGAACAAAAACCGAUCGAAUCAAAACUGAAAUGAAUCCUAUAAAAUACAUGACGUUUUUUAUGCUCUCAAAAUCCGUACACAACAUCAUAAUAUUCAAUAAAUGUGAGAAAAUGGAAUUUUGGUAUGCUCCUUAUUUGUACACACACUAUAUCUGUGCUGUUUGCUGGGAUAUGUGAACGAUACUGCAAUUUUUUUUUGAAGCCAAACGAUUCGGAUACGCGUGAUUGUAAAACAGUAAAGCACUUUAUUGAACCAAUAUCGACUAACUUAAUGAAUAUCAAAAUUCGAAUGCAAUUUUAAGUUGACAUUUUAUUGAAAAUGUUGUAUCCAGUCGGUAUGUUCCAUUAAAAUAAUAUAUUUAAU